AUGCUCAAACCAGCCCACAACCCAAAAAGUUCUGCGUACAGCCGACGGCAGGCUGACCUUCGUGUGGAAUGGUUCACUAAAGCCUGUCAUUUGACUAGCCAACUGAGCAGUCGGAUGCCGAUACGGUUGCAGAUGGAAUCUCGUCGACCUGCGGAGACGACGCGACAGCUCAAAGAACUGCUUGCCCUCCGACAGGCCAGCAAAAAGCGUUCCAGUGAAUGGUGGACCAUCCCUCUUGAGCUGUAG